UCUCCCGCGAUGCACGACCGUUUCUUCCUAACUGAACAUUCUCCUUUCCUAUUUAUCCCACAUAUUUUGUCCUAUAUACCGAUACUUUUUAAUUAAUUUAAUUUAAUUAAUUACCCACUCCGGCUCCGGGCCUCCCCCACCCACACCACCACUAACUAAAUUCAAUUCAAUUAAUAAUUUAAGCAGUGGCUACUCCCCCCCACUCCCCAGUCCACAGAAUCCCGUCUAUAUAAACACCCAAAAUCUCAUUCCCCACAACCGUCCUAGCACUUCCUUUUUCUUCUUAUUAUCCCCGCUCUCCUGUACCGACCCAAAAUGCCUGCUCUUUCACAAUCCCCGCACCACUUCGACCUGGGCUCGGCCCGCGACGUUCCGGAGUCGCACUUGUGGUCCGAUUCGGCCGACGACCACCCGGUGGCCGGCCCGGCCGACGACGCCGUUCCCGUCGUCGACGUGACGGCCGGCGAUGCCGCGGAGGUCGUGGGCCGGGCCUGCGAGGAGUGGGGGGUGUUCCAGGCCACGGGCCACGGCCUGCCGGCCCAUCUCCUCGACCGCGUGGAGGCCCAAAUCCGCCGCCUCUUCGCCCUCCCGGCCCACGACAAGCUCAGGGCCGCGCGGUCCCUGGAUAACGUCUCCGGCUACGGCCUCGUCCCCAUCUCCUCCUUCUUCUCCAAGCUGAUGUGGUCCGAGGGCUUCACCAUCGCCGGCUCCCCCCUCGACCACGCCCGCAAGCUCUGGCCCCACGACCACCGCUCCUUCUGCGACGUAAUUGAGGAAUACAACAAGGCAAUGAGGGAUCUAGCCGGGAGGCUACUGCAGCUGAUGCUGCUCUCCCUGGGCCUCGCCGAAGAGGACGUCAAUUGGGCCGGGGCGACGGGGGAGUUCGGUGAUAUGAGCACUGUGAUUCAGCUCAACUCGUACCCGGCCUGCCCCGACCCAGACCGGGCCAUGGGCCUCGCCGCGCACACGGACUCGAGCCUCUUCACCAUCCUCUUCCAGAACCGCGUAAGCGGGCUCCAAGUCCUCCGGCCGACGGGCCGUGCCGGGCCGGCCCACUGGGUGACGGUCCGACCGAUCCCCGGAGCUUUCGUCGUGAACGUCGGGGAUCUGCUCCACAUCCUGUCCAACGGCCGGUUCAAGAGCGUCGUCCACCGGGCCGUUGUUAACCGGACGGCCCACCGGGUGUCGGCCGGAUUCUUCUGCGGCCCGCCGCAUAAUAUUAAGGUGGCGCCGCUAGAGAAGCUAAUGGAGCCCACUAAGGGCCCGGCUUACCGGGCCGUGACGUGGCACGAGUAUUUGGGGCUGAGGAGGAAGCUCUUCGACAAGGCGCUGCAAUCGAUAAAGAUAUCCGAGGAGAAGUGGGAGGAUCACAGUAACAGCAGCAACAACACCAACACCAACACCAACACCAACACCAACAGCAGCAAAGCUUCCUCUGUAAUCACUUGUGUUUAAGGUUUUUGUAUUUGAAAGGACUAUAGGAUUGAAUAUGGAACGGAAUAAGAUGGAUCGAACAUUUGAUUGAUACCAGCAAAUGGUAUUAUGGUAGGUAGAGAGAGAGAGAGAGAGAGAGAGAGA